AUGUGCAAAAACCUCGUCGACAAGGGUCAACUUGACAAGCCUCUUAUCAUAUACAACCGGACCGAAAAGAGAGCCACAGACCUCAGCAAGUCCCUACCUUCCGGAAAAUCCACCGUCGCCUCGUCGGUUGGAGAAGUGGUCUCCCACUCCGACAUAAUAUUCACCUGCGUGGGCGACGACGACGCCAUCAACGCCACCAUUGACUUCGCAUUGGAGGGUGACGCCAAGGGCAAGCUUUUUGUGGACUGCUCAACAGUUCACCCCGACACCACCGAAGGACUCGCCAAGAAGAUCACAGCCGCAGGCGCUUCCUUCGUCGCCUGUCCUGUCUUCGGCGCCCCUGCUAUGGCUGAGAGUGGACAACUCGUCUGCGUCCUCGCUGGCCCCAAAGAAAGCGUCGAGAAGGUAAAGCCGUACUGUAAAGGCGUAAUGGGCCGCGCGAACGUUGAUUUCUCCGACCAACCGGUAGGGAAAGCCACUCUACUAAAGGUAAUCGGCAACACCUUUGUGCUCAACAUGGUUGAAACGCUCUCUGAAGGGCACGUGCUAGCUGAGAAAUCCGGCCUCGGGAAUGAAAAUCUGCAUCAGUUCAUUGAGACGAUGUUUCCGGGCCCUUAUGCGGCAUACUCGACGAGAAUGCUGAGUGGGGAUUACCAAAAGAGAGAGGAGCCGUUGUUCGCGGUUGAUUUGGCGAGGAAGGAUGCCAGACAUGCCAUGGCGCUUGCGAAGAGUGCGGGCACGAGGAUGCACGGUGUUGAGGUUGCUGAUGAGCAUCUGAAGCAAGUGAAAGCCCAUAAGGGGGAGAAGGGGGACAUUGCGGCUAUUUAUGGGGCGGUAAGGAAGGAGGCUGGUUUGAAAUUUGAAAAUUAA